AUGUUCAAAGUUGGAGUUACUACUUACUCAAAGUUACUCCCGGAGGACUAUCCCAACACCGAUCUUACUUCGGCUCAGUUAGAUUCCAUCCAGAAUGCUCUACUCACUGCAAUAGAGCAACAAAGAAACGAGCCGGUUAAGCCCAAAUUUUUCAAUUGCUCGUAUAAGUCAGGUUAUCUAAUCCUUUCGUGCAAAGAUCAUCAAACUUCGGAAUGGUUGAAGAAAGUGGUUCCCGGGAUAAUCCUAGACGACAACAUCAAACUAGUUGCUCUAGACGCCAAAAAUAUUCCGCGUCCAGAAAUUCUCCAUGCCUUUUUCCCACAAAGCGCAACAUUCAGCGACAAGAGACUCAAAAGCCUCAUUGAGAGUCAAAAUGAAAAUCUCUCCACCGACAAAUGGCGAAUACUAAAGAGAUCCAAUCCCAACGAAAUUCACGCGGACUGGACGCUAACAGUCGAUGAAGCUUCGAUGCGUCAACUAACUAGCACAAACUUCAACAUAAACUUCCGAUUUGGCGGAACUAAACUGAGGAAAACAAAUCCAAAGCAGCGCCAAGCCAUAAUCCAUAAAAGCUCCGGUGUAUUCAAAGGAGAUCUGGGGCCAAAAAACGGGGAACCUAAAAAUUCCAAAAACCCAGGAAACCUGAAGUUUUCAGAGACUAGUGACUCCAAAAUAGUGGAACCACAAAAUGCUCAAGAAGUCGUCAGAAGGGUUUCUGGCAAACCAAAGCGCCCUCGUGAAGCUUCUCCGAAAAACAAGAAGCUUGGCAUCCUGAGUAUUCCCGGCCCAAGCGGUACAAACUCAACGGUUAUCGCAAACUACCGAGACAAGAAGUCUUAG